UCGAUCGAGAGAAGCAAGAAAGGAUAUGAGCCAGGAGGUGCCGCCGAGCAUGCCGGUGCCCGGCGACGAGCACGACGAGGAGGACGAGGGCAGCGUCGACGGGCCCGUCCGAUACGGAGACGUGUUCGCGGUGCACGGCGAGCUGGCCGGCGCGCCCAUCGCGCCGCAGGACGCGGCCACGAUGCAGGCCGCCGAGAGCGCCGUGCUGGGCCGGACGCCCAAGAGCGGGCCGGCCUCCGUCAUGCAGUCCGCGGCGGCCCGCAACGUGCGGGCCGGCGCCGUGGCCCACGGCGAGGCCACCGGCGCCGCCGCCGAGCUCGGCGUCACCGUCUCCGAGACGCGGGUCCCCGGCGGCCGCAUCUUCACAGAGUUCGUCGCCGGCCAGCACGUGGGCCAGGAGUUCGUUUCGGCGGCGGCGGACGAAGAAGCUUCGUUGGCAGACGGCACGAAGAUAACGAUGGGCGAGGCGCUGGAGGCGACGGCGUUCUCGGCGGGCGAGGAGCCGGUGGAGGCGAGCGACGCGGCAGCAAUCGAGGCGGCCGAGGCGCGCGUGAACGGCGCGACACCGGCUGCUGGGAGCCUGGCGGCUCGGGCGCGUGCGGCUGCGGACGCCAACGCCGUGGCGGAGCGGGAGGAGGACAAGACCCGCCUCCGCGACGUCCUCGCGGACGCGACGGUGAAGCUGGGCGCGGACAAGGAGGUGGAGAGGGAGGACGCGGCGCGGGUGGUGGGCGCGGAGGUGCGCGGCAAGCCCGACGCCACGGCGCGGCCUGGCGGGGUGGGGGCGUCCGUCGCCGCGGCAGCGCGGCUCAACACCACUAGGCUGUAGCCUCAACUAUUGCGGGCACCUACGCCCGCAAGCUCCAUCGGCCAUCGCCUUUCACUUCUUCGUGUCUGCCCACUCCCCUCGCCUUGUCAGUUUCUUCAUGUCUCCCCACUCCCCCUCACGACUGGUAGUAGUAAUUAAGAGAUCAUGAUAAAAAGAGAACAAAUAUCCCAUCUACUCCCUCCACAGUAAUUGGUUUAAGAUGGAAACAUGAGAUGAGACAAACUUUUGAAAGUAAGACAGGCCGGUGAUAGUUUAUUAUCCCUUAGCUUUUAAAUUAUAUGUAUGUAUAUAUUGUUAUGAGCUUUCCUUGUAGGAACGAUCAACGAAGAGAGAAGAUGGUUUGAUGAAUGGGUGACAUCCUUCUUGGAAAUAUAGGUUUUGAUUGUUCUUUGGUGGCGCGUGUACUGUGAAAGGAUACCGGUUAAGUUGUAAUUUCUA